AUUGCUUUUGGCGGUUGUUGUCGCUGUGUUGUUUUGUGUUGUCCUGCAUGUUAUCUCUCCUGUUUGAUCCUGUGUGCAAAGAGCGUAUAUGUGUUUAUGUGCAAUACUGUUUUUUACACGUGAAUAUAAAAAAUGAGGAAGAGUACGUCUGGAUCGUCGAUAUUAAAGCCACAAAAACCACGACAGCCGUUGCAAGUUGUGAAUUUUGAUUCUUCACCUGAUGAAAACAAUCCACCAACAAAACUUAAGAGACGCGUUAGCUUCGCAGAGAAGAAACAUGUCAAAGAGUUUUGUCACACCACUGAACAAGGAACUGUGUGGGACAGCACGUAUGAAGAGCAUGACUGUAGUUCUAAAGGAUCUUUGGAUCAGAAUUUUGCGGAAGAAUCGAUCAAGAAAUUGGAAUAUAUUUCUACAUCUACAAAAAAUAUUGCUGUUGAAAGUAAUGUAAAUUGCUCAAAUAAUUCCUGUUUAGAAAAUAAUGGACCGAGCGAGCCCGUCAUGAGAACGAACGAGGAAAAUGAUAUGACCAUUGAUAUGGACUGUACCAGUCCGGUCAUUCGUACAAAACUUCUCGAUAAUUGUUCUCAGAUUGAAAAUAUUCCACUUCUUGCAUCUAGUACUCUAUCUAAUGACAAUGAAGCGCAUAACGUUACAGAUGAGAUGUCUCAACAGGAAAUAUAUACAUCAUCGAGUGCGCGUGCUACAUCAGAUGUAUCUAAAAACGCAGUAUCAAGCAAUAUUUUUGUAUACAGAGACCCCGAUGAAGAGGAUUGUGUAAGUAAUCGUGCUAACAAGACGUGUCUUCAGAAUGAUUCCAUGGAGCUUACCACAGCGAUACCAGUAUCUUUAAUGGUUUUACGUACAGAAGAGCAGAAUAUUAUACAGAAUGAUGAUAAAAUGCACUCAAACGAUUCACAUACAAACUGCACUACUAAUUUCAAUAAUGUAUCGAUGGAAAUUACUCAAGCUGUACCAACAUUUAAACCAUUUAUCAACUGUGAUUCGAACAUUUUCGAACACUCGAAUAAAAAAGUUUCCGAAACUCCAAUAAAAAAAGCAAAAACCUGUGAAAGUGCAACGUACAAUGUCGGAAACAAUAAUGUCCACAAUGACGCGAUAUUUGGAACAGAAUCGCGAACAACUUACAUCAACGAUUCAAUGGUGUUAACAACCGUAAUACCUACAAACGCCGAUUUAAUUUGUACAAAUGAUCCAAAUUUAAAUAUGUCCAUGGACAUUACCACUGCUGUAUCGGGCAAGAUUCUCGGAGGAACCGCUCCGCAUCUCUGUAGUGAGAGUACGGUUGCGGGAAGAGAUCAAAUUGAGAGAACCAACUAUUUUACUGAUGUACCAAUGGAUAUGACAGAGCCUGUAAAUACGUUGUCUUCGAAUGUUUGCGACAAAGAGAAUCUGAGAUCGCACGGAGCAAUAUCUUCAAACGACAGAACCAUGUUUUUCCAUAACGUGUCCAUGGAAAUAACUAAACCUGUAUUAUCAAGAAAUUAUCAAGAAGUAAGCGCUAAUCCAAUUACUCGCAAAUUAACACGCGGAGAUAAUGUACAAGGAGAAGAAGUUGCCGGCAAUUCAACUUGCUGGAAUAAAGAUACGAGAUUCUUGAACGAACCUAUGGAACUUACCGAAGUUGUUCCGAAUGUUUUGUACAAUGAAAGAACCCUCGACGCUACUCGCGCUCCGUUAGUUUCUGAUACAAUGCAAAAAAAUACGCCGUUUCCUGCAAAACAUAUUGCGCACCCAAUCGAUUAUGUACCUCCAAACAAGGUGCUAAUUCAAAGUGCUUCGCACCACUCGACAGAUGACGCUACAUCAAACAAAUUGGAAAAUUUAAUCAUUCCCGAGAACAAGUGUCUAGUGACAAUUGAUAGGAUACAGUCUCCAGAGGCAUCGCCAACAGUUCAAAGUACAAUUCCGGAUCUCACGAAAUCGACAUGUCACAUUAAUACAGACGCAAGCCAAAUUCAGGAUGUGUCAAUGGAAAUUACUGCUCCACUUCCGGUAACUUCGCACCUUACACGAGAUGUCACGCUAAAUGAAGUAGAAGAUGAAAAUAAAAGAUUGCAACAGUCAAUGACGAAAAAUCCAGCGAGAGAGAGCGUAACGCAAGAGGAUCAAGUUUUAAUGGAAACUAUUUCACAACAAACAAAAACCACGCACAACAAAUCCUCCAACAUUUCCAUCGUCGCAUCAGACAAUUCAGAUCGCUCUGACAAAAAUUCGUGUGAAACAAACGAUGACAAUUCGGUGGAAUUUCAAUAUUUCCAAGAAAAUAACGCGCGCGAAGCUUCGAUAGCCGAUGACAAUCAGCGUUUCGUGGAUACAGCAGAUCGUGCAAAAACCAAUCUCAAGGAUAGUCUGAACGGAAGCAACGAGUGUAGUUUUCUGAGAAAAAGUCUGCCUUAUCUGGAAAAUAGCGAUCUGCAAUCAAUCAAUCCGCCAUCCUUGAUGAACAGCGAGGAAGAAACUUCUUUUCCCGACGCAUCAGUCAAUCAUCAUCGAUUUCAAGCGUCGACGAGCGACAGUCAAGUGAACAACAAGCACGAGAGUUCUGAACAAUUAGUGACGAAUGAAACAACAGUAUCCGAACAUCCGACAGAGUCGAGGAAAAGUGUGGCGAAAGAUAACGAAAGUUUUGCAGUUUUAAGAGAUAAAAAAGAAUCAGCAAAUGUCGAAAACGGUGAAACAAAAGAUCGUCACGGAAACGUCGAGGAAACAAGUAAAAUUGAAGAUAAUGAAGUUAAUAUCCGAACAAUUGCGAAGGCAAAUUUUAUCGACAGUCAGUGCGGAGAGUCGACUUUGGAUACAACGGAUGUACAGAAUAAACAAAUCUCCAUCUCGCCGAUUAAUGUAACAAAAGAUAAUGUAAAAUCGCAAGGGAGCAUGGAACACGUACAAGACCGUGUUGAAGAAAACCUUCCUGCGGAAAAAUCUGUUGUCACUCCUGCGAAAGAAAAGCCUUUGACCGAAGAAGAUCACUUUUUAUUGUUAUCUCAGAAGUUAGAAACACACGGUGAAAGAGACGAUUGCAUUUGGAACGUGUUUCGCAAAAACGUCGACAAAAAAUUUAUCGCAUUCGGUUUCAUGGCGAAUUCGUUACUGAUUGUCGCAGUUUUGUUCGGCAAUCUCACGCGUUUCGAGAACAAUCAUCCGCACAAGAGAAUCAAGAUUAUUUCUCGUCUCACAGAUAAAGCAGACGUGUUAAUAAGGAUAGUUCAUAAAUUACUUCUGCGGAAAGUAGACGUGGAAAUGCUCGAGCGUCACGAGAACAUUUUUUCGAUGCUCGACUUCAUGUCUCAGGAAGUUAAAUUGGCGAUGGAUUUCAUGUUCGACCUGAGACGUUUGAAUGACUCGAACAUGAUGGAGAUAGCUUGCGACAAAAUCUCGUUUGUGUCUCUCAGCAAACACGUGAACAUUAUAUUGAGGAUCACGAUUGAAGUUAAAGUCUUUGACGAACUCACUCCGAAUGACAUAAACGUUCAUUGCGUACUAGGUGCAGUAAGAGAAACGGAAGUCAAAAACUUGAUGAAGAAUAUAAAAAAGGACAGUAAGUUUCUAAGGAGGUACAUGAACGAUGUCCAGAAUUACAUCGACAUAAUGGAAAAUGUUUAGAAUUAAAAAAAACAAAAAAAAAAAAGGGUGAUUGAGAGAUCUGUUUUAUAUUUUUAUAUCGUGUACACACUGUAAGUUGUAGAAGUAAGUAAUAUAUUUUUAGCCACGUAUGUGAAGUAUUUUCUCUGAGAAGUUUAAUAAAAAA